AUGUAUUUUACUACGCCGGAGUCCUCGAGAAAAGAGGACGUUGUGGUAGGAAGCACCUCUAUAGCGGAAUACGUAGCAUAUGAUACUACGCAAACCCUGCCUAUUAAGUUGUACACUAAUAGCGACAAUGCGGUGUCGAUUAUAAAAUGCGAUACCUACACGAAAGUAGCUAAAUGGCUUAACAAGAGAUACCACUUCGUCCGUAAAGCGGAUCAUAUAAUUAGUCCUAAUUUUAAGCGCGGAGAACGUCGUAGAUGCGAUAACGAAGCCGCUCUCAAAGGAACUAUUCGAACCAAUAAGAGAAAGAUUGAUGGCGAAAGGAGUAAAUUGAAUUACGGUCAUGUAUACUGA